AUGGCUUACUUGAAUGAUCGCAGUCCGAUCUGGAGAGGGGGUUUGCUAUUUAAGGUUCCUGAAGCUCUUAUUCCUCCAGCAGGGGCUCGUGUUAUGUCCCUAACUGAUGGUCUCUCCAAGAUGUCCAAGUCUGCUCCUUCAGAUCAGUCUCGUAUUAACCUUCUUGACCCAAAAGAUGUAAGGAUCUAA